UUGUAUUAUUAGCCAAGGUGAAGUUACAACUGAUGAAGAGAUAAUUCGCUUUCCUUAUUUUUGGUAGAAAUUCAUUAUAAAAUCAAGCUAUUCACAAAUACCUUAAAAAAAAAACUUACAACAUACCAUUAAAAAAAAACAAAAAACAGAUUCACUCCCGACUCGCGUGCUGUGUGUGUAUGUGUGUGUGUGUGUGUGUGUGUGUGUGUGUGUGUGUUGCUGACUCCCCCGACUCCUGUAUUGCAGCAGCAUCAGGGGACGACCUACUUGCCGAGGUGGGCGGUAUGACUGAAGCGAGUAAGCGGGCCGAUGGGCUGCGGCCGCUGGUGAUGGCGCUGGCGGCGUCGGGGCAGCUGCACCACACGCUGGACAGAACGCACUCCACCGCGGUACGUGCCUCGCCGCCCCUGGCCAUGUGGGCGGCGGUGGUGGCCCUGUGGUGCAUCGCCAUGGACGUCGUCUUGCUGCUGGAGGUGAGGGACACAGACCACACGCUGCUGCUGUCGCUGAUGAGCUACGGCUACGUCACCACUUCUGCCUGCUACCGCAUCAUGGCCGCCACCAGGAGCGGCCGCCUUGCCCGAUUGCUGGACCGCCUGUAUGCCCUCGACGCCAACCUGGCAGGCCUCAGGGAGAGGCGGCCGCCGGUGCUGACUGACCCCCUGGCGGCCAUCAACAUGGCGGCGCAGGUCGCCCUGGGCGUGUCCAUCAUGAAGGUGUUCAACGUCCACACAGCCUACCACUGGGCGCAGCUCGUGCUGGUGGUGGGCAGCAUUGUGCUCACCACCUCCUUCUUCAAGUCAUCCUUCAUCCUCCUGUCCUGGGACCUGCGGCGUGCUCUGGCCACCUCCCGCACUGCUCCGCCCGCCCACGAGAAGGGAGGUGUGGCCGGGGGGCGCCGCUGCGAAGGCCUGGAUCUGCCGCGCCUGCAGGCGGCCUGCCUGAGGGUGGAGGAGGCGAAGGAGGCCCUGCUGGCGUACCUGGGGCUGCCCGUGGCCCUCCUGAUGUUGGGCUACAGUAUCGUCCUCAUCUCCACCUUCUGCCUCUGGUUCCGCUUCGGCGUCACUCCGCUCAUCUUCUUCACCAACGCCAUCUCCCUCGUCUCCGGAAUGGCCGUCGUCUGCAGCGCCCCCCAACGUCUGAGGGAGGAGGCUUCCGAGGUGGAGAAGGAACUGCUUUUCUUGAAGGGACCAUGCGACCCCGACACUCACCACCAGGUCUGCGUCGUUCUGGCAACACUGCGGCGCGUGUCUGAAAUGAGUGUGAACGGUGUGUACACGCUCGGCAGCCACAACAUCUUGCAGGUGGCGGGCUUCGUAACCACCUACCUCGUUAUUCUGCUACAGCUCCCGAGUAGCCUAAUAAAAGAAGAUUCCAACCACUGAGAAGACCCACCACCACCACCACCACCACCACUACAGCUGCGAACAUUACUGCUUUCUAUUCCCUCCCACACUCACUCUCAUUCAAUUAUGUCUUCUUAAUAAGUUCUUGCGCGUUGUCUGUCUAGUCCUACACACAUUUGAAGAUUAUAAGGCUCGAAGUAGGUUAUGAGGAUGAGGUAUGAGGAGUAGGUUCAAGAGAAGAGCAUUUGGACUUGUCUAUUAUUGUCUCUCCUCCCGAAAUUGACCUCACUUUCGACCACUCCUCUUUAGUCUUUUAUAUAGGAGCAGUGAUUAGCGGGCUUUUUUUCAUUGUUCCUUCCUUCCUUUACUGUAAAAAAUAUAUAAGUGAUAUGAACAUGGCGUCUCAAACAGUAAAAAUGAUGUGAAGUCCAGUAUAUUAAGUUUGUGCCAAUGCUGGUAAUAACGCCAUCAACUGCUAUUAUUUGUUCAAAGUCUGUGUUUUAAGUUACAGGUACUACAGUCACUUUUAAGCCAUCGCAAACCAAGUCUUCGAUCCUGUACUUCUACCUGUGAAUGUUGUUUCAAGACACCUCUCCGAAUGUUUCUAGUCUCUAUGUUUUGGAGCUUCUUUACGACACACUUUGCAGAAGCAGCGUCAGUGGGCUUUUUUGUAUCCUUUAUCUAUUUUUAUAUUUCUGGCCGCGAGCUGUCUCCUUUUCUGUAAAAAACUAAAUACAUAGAGUACUAUAUAGCCUAAUAAUUUCCGUCUCUCCCACACGUUAAACAGAUCUUGAGUCUACUUUUAUUUCGAAUCCAUACUGUGUGUCGGAUAAGCCAUACAAUCAAGGGAGAUCUAUAACUUGUCGUUUUACCUAAAAUAUGACAGAGAGAUCAGCGUACUGCAUGUGUGCACAUAAUGCGUAUUGCGUAUACCUCUUUUUCGCACCUCUGAUGAACGUGUAAUUUUAGUAAUUUAUAACACUUAUUAAAAUCUCUCUCUCUCUCUCUCUCUCUCUCUCUCUCUCUCUCUCUCUCUCUCUCUUGUAUCAGGUUAUUUUGCCCUUUA